GAGCCCGAGAAGUAUACAACACACAAUUGAGCUCGUUGGCUCAGCUGUUUUUCUGUCUUUGAUUUAUUUUUUUGUGAUAGUUAGAGUUAUAAAAUACAAUCCAAACCAAUUUGAGAAGAACAAGAAAAAACACACACACGCGGAGAGAGACACUUGCAAACAGUUCGCGCAUAAUUCCUUUCGGUUUUUGUUUCUCUAUCUCUCGCUGUAUCGGUUUUCUAUGUUCAAUACGAAAAACAUUUCCAGUUUCGUUUUCUUUUUUCGUUAUUGAAAAACACCCAACACAUAAAUUAGAAACCGUAGAAUCGACCACAGUAUUGAAUUAGUUGAAAUCGGGCAACCAAAAAAAGUACAGAUACCGAAAAGAAAAGGCAGCAGUUUAAGUUUUUUAUGUGAAACCGACAUCAAAAGACUAUCGCUACCACACUCAAUACGGAAUAGUGACCAAAUAAUUACGAGUAAAAACUGUUUCAUAUUUUCCGGGAGAUAUAAAAAAUAAUAUAGACGAAGAAAGUAUUUAGAACAACACAAAUUCUAACAACAAAAAUUAUGUUGAAUUUGAUCCUGAAGACUGAGAGUUUGUGAAUGAAAAUUACGAUCAAAUUGUGCGUGUUUUUGAAAUUUGUGCACCAUCGCAAAUUGUAUUCAUAUAAAUGGAUUCAUUUCUUUGCUGAUUUGGAUGAUUAAAAGACUGAGUUCUUGCAGCCACUACCCCUUUUGUAUAUGUUAUACGUAUUUAUAUGUAAUAGACGAACAUAAAUAUAAGUGAAUUAUAUUUCAUAGUUUUUCAUUUCAUCGAUUUUGCAUAAAUGUUCCUGACAUAAAGAAAGAAUAUAAAGCAACAACAAAAAUAAUAAUACGAAAAAACAACAACCACAACCACCACCACAACCACAUCCAUAACAAUCUACCAAGAAUUAUAUAUAUUGUGUUUGAGUGCUUCAAUGGCAUUUCUUCAAAACAGUUUUAAAUACAUCAAGUAAAGCAGCUUACAAAAGAAUUAUGACCAAAAUCGCGCUGCAGAACGUAGCGUCAAAGUAUUGUAUGUGUGUGAUACAUUGAAAAUUAAUCAGAAUAAUACAUUUUAAGUAAAAGAGCAAAAAAAAAGAGUACAUAAAACAUAAGAAAAAAAGAGCAUGUUUAAAUUGGCUUCUGAAAAUCUAUUGCUAAAUAGAUAAACACGACCAACAUUCAACAGAAAAACCCGACGCGAAAAAAGGAGAAAAAAAAAUCGCUGAAUGUACGACAAGUAAAGAAAAAAAUAAUAAUCGAAACAAAACCAAUCGAAAAAGAAAAGAGCAUUACUUGAAGUUUACAUAUUCCAACGUGAAAUGUGCCAAUUAUUUAAUAAUUUUACAUGUAAUUUAAACAAAAAUAUUUAGUUGAUUUUAGUGAAGAAAAAAAAAGAAAAGAAGGAGUUAAAAUUGAAGAGAAAAAAAUAGUGUUUUUGAGAAGAAAAAACGAGCUGAAUCGAUAUAAUUGUCUAUUACAACAUACCAAAAAUAUUUAACAAAAAAAAAAAGAAUAUAAAAAGGGCAAUUACGUUCACGAGACAAAAUAAGAAUUUGUUUUUCAUUAGUGUGAAACGAUACGCGGCGUGAAAUCGGUGAGAUCAAUUCUUUGCGAACGAAAAACAAAGAAACACAGAAAGAAAGUAAUCAAAUAAAAUACACAUAAAAAUUAACCAAAAUCGAAAGCUGUGAAUUUUUCUGGAUGUUGCCGUGCCAUUGGUGCGAGAAAACGAGAUAACAAAAAAAAAAUUUCUAGUAAAAACAAGAAAUAAAUUGUGUGCACGAAACAAGUGCGGAUGCAUAUAUAGUCGCGUAAUAGAUCUGUUAUUAAAUUGAAGAUAUUUUGUAAGAUGGCAAUGACGGCAUGCUAUUCAAAUUAUGGCCUUUUGGGUGCGGUGUCACAACGUCAACGGCAACAGCAUCAAUCGCAUCAACAGGCCCAACUCUCGACACAGCCAACACAAUUGAUCCCAAUUCCGCAACCGUCGAGACUACAAUCGGCACAAGUUCCACAAAAAGACUUUAGCGUUCCAUUGCAUGUUGAUUGCAGCGUAGAAUAUGAGUUACCAAAUCAAGCCAAACCACCGCCCGGUGCACGCGUCGAACCGCUACUAUUGAUGAUACAUCCAUGCUAUUUUCGUAAAAUAGAAAGCGAACAACGUCGCAGCCCAUUUAUAAAUAAUAUGCCCAAUUCGUCGUCACGAAAUUCAACUCAAAGUCGACGAAGUAGCCGAAAUUCACAACAAAUUACACAAACAUCAACGUCGUAUACAUCGGCGGCCCAACAAAGUCAAUCGCUGCAACAUAAUCCAAAUUCAAAUCAUAAUCAUAAUCACAGCCACAAUAGCCAUAGCCAUAGCCAACAUACACACAAUCAUCAUUCUCAGUCGAUGGAACGCCAAAAACUAGAACAAAAUCCACAAAUCCACCAACGUUCGUUGUCACAACAGGCAACACAACAACAAAAAAUGUCUCAGAUGUCGCAACAGGCGUAUUAUCCAGCCAAUAGCAACAACAAUAAUCCAUCUAGUAUCAAUAAUGCAAAUACCAACAAUACAAAUAGCAAUGAUAGUUCGCUUGCUGACAUCCGGCUGUGCUUAGAUAAUUGGGAACAUAGUCAAAUGGCGGCCAUUCCAAGGGACUUUCAAGCUGGCCUGCCCGACGCCACACCAAACAAUACCUAUCGUGACGACAAAUUGAACGCGUUGAAUGGAAAAUAUCGGCAAUAUUUACGUUCACAUCGAUUGCAUCCAUAUUUGAUGGCAUCUGCCACUGCUUUUCCUCAACUCACAUCAUCCGUUUUCCACUGAAUAUUCAAUGGUGAAUUGCAUAAUUGAAGGACUGCUCAACGACGAUGACGUACACACAACAUCAUACAUGCACAUCAUCUCACAUCGUUUUCAUCUGUUUUUUUUUUUUGCUGAACAUCCGAGCUGCACUCCUGAUGCAAUGAAGGCAUACAACACUCCAGGUGAUGUAUAGUAUCUGCUGACAGCAAUCUACAUUCGAGGCAUUCAAAAUUCUGAAAUUGAGGUAACAAUCGAACAUACAGAGCAACAAACUGAAUAACUCACAAAUAAAAAAAUAUAGACAUACACACAGUUUCUUAACAAAAAUAAAAAAGAAAUAGAAGUAAAAACAAAAUGUGUGACAGAAAAUAAAAGUAACAAAAACAAAAAUGCAGGAUUCUAGAAAUAUUUAAACAAAUCGAAUGUGAGGGUUAUUUGCAAUGCCCCGCGAUAACGAAUAGAUAACAACAAUAAAAAAAAACAACAAAUACGUGUAUAUUUUAUGAAUGGCAACUCAAGAAACGAUUUAACUAAACAGAAGAAACGAAAAAUAAAGUCGCAAAUGUGAAAUUAGAACAUGUAAAUUGCAUAUAGUUAAAUAGCAAUCGAUAAUGUUUUGUAAAGCCAAUGUAUGAACAUUGUGCUGUAAUUACCGAUGAUUUACAUAUUGUUCCACAUACACACACAAAGACAUACACUCAUUCGCAAUUGUUCAUUUCAAAAUACCAUUCACUAAUAACGUAUUAUAUUCAGCAAAAUCAAAUGAUCAAACUGACAUUCCUUCCUGAUUGCAACAGAGCAGCAAAAACAAAAACAUACAUUUGAUAGCAAAACAAAACGAAAAAAAAAAAUUUAAGCGAAAAAAAGCAAAUAGUUAAAAAAAAUAGAGAAAAAAAAGCGUUCUAAUGUGGUGUAAUGCGUUUACGUUUUAAUGUGAGUAUAAUCAGCUUUGAAAAGUAGGCAGCUUACCUAAGAUUGAAUAUUUAAUUGAUAAAAUCUACUACUCUAGCCUAUAGUGAAAUGAUAUUUACUAUCAGUUUAAGAGAAAUCGUGAAUGCAGUAGUUAGUGCCCUUGCGCCAUCGACAUUUCUUUCUCAGAAAUAAACACAUACACAAAUUCCAUAAAUGUAUUCGAUGGACGAUGGGGCUGUAAAAUGAAUCUAAAGAGCAGUCAAAAUCAUGUUCUUAUUUCUUUUUUGUUUCUUUUAUGAUUUUGUUUUUAAUUUUUCUUUAAUCCUCGUAGUUCUUUUUCUUUUAUUUGUUUGUUCGUUUUUUAAAUGUGAAGAGCAUCAAUAAAACCCAAAUACAUAUACUGAAAUAAGCAAAUUAUAUUUUAAAGACGUAUUUGAAACGAAGCAUUUGUACAUUUAUCUAGUAGAAGAAAAUGAAGAAUGAAAAGAAAAUGCUGACCAAACGUCAAUCAACUAGAAGAGGAAAGCAAAAAUUGUUUUUUUUAGUUACAAGAACCCACACAUAAUUUUUGUUUUGAUUCAGUUUUUUAUUCUUGUAUUUAUCUGUGUUUUAUAUACCAGUAAAUUUAUGGAAAGAAAAUUAAAAACCAAUGCAUGCAAUAAUAAGCAUUAUACAGACACAAUCUGAAAAAAGAACUAUUAAACAAAUAGAGAAGGCAAGCAAGGAAAUAAAAACCAGCAAAAAAAAUGAGAUAAAAAACAAUGAAUUGAAAUUUUUAAAAACAAAAAAAAAGCAGUACACUUCAAAAACCGAGAUGAAACACCAAAAUCUACAGUGAACUCAAAAUCAGCGGACCACCUUUUGUCCCCGAGCCAUUUGAUUUUUACACACAUUCACACGCAUACAAUAACAGUGUGAGUGUGUAUGCGAAUCAAAUUGAACAAUUGAACUACAUUGUGGUCCGCAAACAUAAUUAAAUCGAAAAACUCUUCUUUUAUUAUUAUUUUUUUAAAAAGUUUUUGCAUUGCCAACAAUUGUGUUCGAAUUUAUUGAAAACUUUGUUAUCUCGUAGUAAAUUAUGUGUGGCAAUAUAUUCAAGAAUAUAUUAUAGCGAUCAAAAUAUACUAAUUAAAAGAAGCUCAGCACACAGCAUUGCGGUGUAUUGUUGCAAUAUUGGCAUUAUGUAAAUGUUUUUGUUGCAGCAGUGAUGGAUGCGGUAGUGGUGGUAGCGUCGUUCCGGCUCCAUUCUAAGAAGGGCCAGCUCUGAUUGGUCUGCUAGGCAAGAGUUCACUGUAGAAUAUAUGAAAAAUUAUAUAUAUAUAUAUGAAAAAAACCAACCAUCAUAUGCUUAAAAAAAGUUUAAAGUAACAAAAAAAAAAAACAAAAAACAGCAAACAUUAAACACAAAAUGGAAAGGAUGAAAGAAAAACCAUACAUACACAAAACUUUGAGCAACACUGCGUUGCAUUUAAAUGUGAUAUUAGAUUUAUUUCAACUAAUAACAAAUGAAAAGAAACAAAGCAAAAUUAUUAAAAUAUUGCUAUUACAACAAAAAAAAAA